CCGCGAUGGGCGGGCCUGCGGGGGGCGCGGGGCGGCCUGCCGACGUGUCCGCCGCCGGGGGUAGCGGCGUGGGGCUGCCGGCCGCUCCCAGCCGCGGUGGCGGCGCGUGUUGUGGGAGUGCGGGAGGUCAUCGCGUGCUGCCGCUGCGGGCGGGGUGGUGGGAGAGUUACGGGGAGUCAGUCGGAAAGAGCGGGGCGAGGGGAGGGCUGGACGCUGGGAAGGGGAUUGAGCGAAAAGGAGCCUGGUGUUGGAGAGAAAGUCGCUUCGUUGCUGUUAUUAUUUUUGCAGCCUUCCUUACGGCAGGUGUCAGCUGCGAUGCAUGUUUGAAAGGAAAUUUUCGAGGUCGUCGAUUCAAGUGUUUAAUUUGCUACGAUUACGAUCUGUGUGCAACUUGUUAUGAAAGUGGUGCAACAACAACAAGGCAUACAACUGACCACCCGAUGCAGUGCAUACUAACAAGAGUAGAUUUUGAUUUGUACUAUGGUGGAGAAGCUUUCUCUGUAGAGCAGCCACAGUCUUUCACUUGUCCUUAUUGUGGAAAAAUGGGUCAUACAGAAACAACUCUUCAAGAACAUGUUACUUCUGAGCAUGCAGAAACAUCAACAGAAGUGAUUUGUCCAAUAUGUGCAGCGUUACCUGGAGGGGAUCCUAAUCAUGUCACAGAUGACUUUGCAGCUCAUCUUACACUGGAACACAGAGCUCCUAGAGAUUUAGAUGAAUCCAGUGGUGUUCGGCACGUACGUCGAAUGUUUCACCCAGGUCGGGGUUUGGGGGGCCCUCGUGCACGUAGAUCAAACAUGCACUUUACUAGCAGUUCCCCUGGUGGGCUUUCAUCUUCUCAGAGUUCAUAUUCUCCAAGCAAUAGAGAAGCCAUGGAUCCUAUAGCUGAGCUUUUAUCUCAGUUAUCAGGCGUGAGGCGUUCUGCAGGAGGACAGAUCAAUUCCUCUAGCCCUUCUGCUUCUCAGUUACAGCAGCUGCAGAUGCAACUGCAGUUGGAACGACAACAUGCGCAAGCAGCGAGACAACAACUGGAGACUGCACGCAAUGCAACUAGGCGCACCAACACGAUCAAUGUCAACACCACUAUUACACAAUCUGCAACAACAACCAACACAUCUAACACGGAAAACAGUCAGCAGACUAUCCAGAAUUCCCAGUUUCUUCUUACAAGGUUGAAUGAUCCGAAGAUGUCGGAAGCAGAGCGUCAGUCAAUGGAGAGCGAACGGGCAGACCGCAGCCUGUUUGUUCAAGAGCUUCUACUGUCCACUUUGAUGCAGGAAGAAAGCUCCUCCUCAGAUGAGGAUGAGAGGGGGGAAAUUGCCGAUUUUGGUGCUAUGGGCUGUGUAGAUAUUAUGCCUCUAGAUGUUGCUUUAGAAAACCUAAAUUUAAAAGAGAGUAAUAAAGGAAACGAGCCUCCUCCACCUCCUCUUUGAUGACAUCCCACUCUGCAGACAAUGUCCUCUGUGCUGUAUUUGCCAAUGAGUUGGACAACAACUAUCUUGGGUUUGUUUUGGUGAUUGUAAUUUCAGGUCUGUCACUCUUGUUACGUUGUGUACAUUAAAAAGAAAGAGAGAAAAGAUAUAUAUGAUAAUCAUUUCCACUUAACUAAUUUUUACUUCUAGCAGGUAAAUGUAGGUGGCAGUGCAGAGCAGAAGGCUCUGUGUCCUGUACCUUGACAUGCAAAAGGCUCUCCUAAUACUCCACAUUCAAACUGAAGAGGAAAAAAAUGAAAAAUCUCUAAUGAAGCUGCUGUGUGUAUUUAUGAAUAUUAAUGAAUAAAAAAUGCUUGGAUGGUUUACCUUAACUACUGCAUGACGUUUUUUGCAGCGUGCAUGAGUUUUAGUGACCUUGUCAUUUAAAAAUUUAAAUACAAGGAAGUAAAACUAUAAAACCCAAAGCUUUCCCGUUAUUCAGAGGUUACCUAACAAAAAGGUUAGUGCGGUUUGUAGCCACAAAGUAGCUUUUGAAUAAUAUGUGACAGAAUGACAUCUUACGUGCUGUUCCUGCACAGGAUGGAAACUGCAGUGGGUUAUAUUGUCGUGACCAGGGUGUGGCAUUUUGCUGUAUGUGAUCGCUGUGUUGCCCUGUUGGUCAUCGCGGCCGUGUGGAGUUGAAGUUCAUUUUAUGCAUCUGUAGGAGACACAACAAUAAGGCCACUGCUGGAAGCUACUGCAAAGGGCUUUUGUGUGCCCUGAAAUCAAAUGAUGUUCACUUUUGUUUAAAGUUUGUUUUUUGUGGUUGUUAUUUUUUUUUAUUGUUAAACAUGUUUUAUUCAGGUGUAGAUGAUUCAUAUAUUCACUGUGUUUUAAAAAAAAAAAAAGUUAACCUGGAUCAUGUUGUCUUAGUUUAAAAAGCCUUUCACAGCCUCGAUCAUAUUUUGAGUUAUUUAUGUAUUUGCUUCAUAGUUUGCAGAGACCUGUUAGUAUCAGGAGAGCUUGAGGAUUUGGAUCCCCAGAUUGUCCGUAUAUUGCAAACAAAUUAUUAAUGCUAACUUUAGCACCUUCUAUUUAUUGUUUCUUUUGGUUACUUUUGCUGGUGUAAAAAAAAAAAAAAAAAAAAAA